GUCUCAUCUGCUGCACACACCUUUUUCUCCUCCUCUUCUUCGUUCUUCGCUGUCGCUCCUUUCCUCGAGAGCAAUGUGAUUCUGCUGCGAUUUUCACUGGGAACAUCCGUGUCUCCCUCCAUGCCUCUCUGACUGACUGCCACUUCCCGCACUCUAACAAACACGACGAAUUUCCCACUUCCUCUACUCGGCGCGAAUCCUGCCCACCCACACUCAGACGUCUUUCUGCUUUGCUACGUUGUCUGUAGCAUUAUACCGUCCACUCGAUCACAUCUCUGCACGGUUUAUUGAGUGUCUCAGCCUAAUUUUACCAUGAGCCCUCGCCGAUCGUCUCGUGCCCGCUCGUCACAGCUACCCUCCACCGCCUCCAACAACAACAAUAACAACUCGUCCUUCACCACCUCAAACAACUCCAAACCCGACCGAGACGUCCGCACGAACAACCGUACAAACUCACCAAGAAGACCUUCCAUCAAUCGAUCCGAAUCCGGUGAUCUUGGAGAGAUGUCUCGUGCCGAGCAGCUACCUCCGCGUCGGAGCAGAAGAAACGGUGAAGACAGAGAACCAACAGUCAAACAACAAAUUGAAGAUGGAGAAGAAGAUGUAGACCCUGAGGCUGCCGAAGAGGAAGUUACUCGGUGUAUUUGUGGACAAGCUGAAUAUCCUGGCCCCUCGGCCAGCUUGAGACAGCAACAAACUGAUCCAGACACACUGACUGACGACACUGGCAACUUUUUUGUCCAGUGCGACAAAUGUGGUGUCUGGCAGCAUGGAGGCUGCAUGGGCUUGCUGGACGAAUCUAUGCUGCCCGAUGAGUACUAUUGUGAACAAUGCAAACCUGAGUUUCACAAGAUCACCAGGAGCUCUAGUGGGCCAAAAUCUUCCCACUACCUUCCGGUGCUCGAAGCAGUCUCUACCAGAUCCUCUCCUCUAACGUCGGCCUCGGAAAUCUCUCGCAAGAAAGAUGGCAAAAACAGGCAGAAUGAGAGCACAAAGAGAAGAGCAACUAUGAACAGCAGGGGUGCUUAUGACGAGGAUGAAAUGUUGAGAAGAGCCAUCGAGGAGAGUAAAGAAAUGGGCACACUUGGCAAGAGAAUGAGAGAAGAUAUAGAAGAUCACAAAAACAAUUCAAAACGGCAACGGACAGGGUCGAAUGCAUCGUCCACUCUUUCUAAACACAGCAACUCCCCUGACCUUGGCGCAGACGACACCAACUGUAAAGGUAGAAACAACAAGUCCAGAGGAGCAGCAGCACGAAGCAACCGAGAGAAAGAAAUGCGCGACAGACAAAAGGAGCAGCAAGCAGCCCAACGUGCGGAGGCAGCCAGCAAAAGGAAUGCUCGAUCGGAAAGAAGAAGAGGAGAUGACUCUCCCCCACCUACUCCGAGCCUUUCUCCUUCUAAAGCCGCACAAGCCAAUGGCAAGAAAGCAGAUACACCUCCUUCCGGUAGAUCAAACUACAGUCGCAGAAAUCCCAAAGGAGCAACUAGAAGAGGAAGAUUGGGCAGAAAUCAGUACACUCGAGAUCACGCCAACGGUGAUGAUGGCACUCCUGCAAGAGAUGGAUCCCACGAUAUCAACGGCAACGGGGGAUCACCGAAUGGCGCCAAUGGCAUACACGGCGAGAGUGGCCGCAGUUCCAAAGCGAAGACACACCCUGCUAGAACUAGUCUGAAUGAGAUGAGAAGACGUGUUGCUGCCAUUUUGGAGUUUGUUGGACACAUGCAGACGCAAACAAACACACAGUCACAACCAUCAAGUGCAAGUUCCAAGGGAGCAAACACACCGAAUGGAGUGAAGGAUGCGACUGCAUUACCGACUGCUAGUUUGGUUCGCGCGGUUGAGGCUGGUCUGAAAGAGGCAAACUCAACGGAUGAGGAGUCAGGAUUGAACAUCACGGAUCAAAAGGAGUUUGGGGUCAUGGGAAGUCAGGACAUGAUGGAGACUCUGACCAAGGAAUUGGUACACUGGCAAAGUGUCUAUGGCGUCUAUUCGAGAUGAUCAAAACUUGGUAUUGUUGAUUGCGAAACGACAUGGAACUUGAUGAGAAUGACAAAGGGAAGGGUUUAAUGAUGAAUUGUCGUUGGUUGAUUGCAUAGUAUGGAUAAUACCCUGGUUAUGGAGUGCUUCCUAGUUGGAUAGGCGUUGCUGGUGAAAUGAAUUUAUGAAUGGAC